AUACUUUGGGUUGUCCUGGUCAAACUGCUGUGAAACCAUGGCAAAGAGUUGGCGGGUCACCUCUUUGGUGGCACUAGCACUGCUAGGGUGCUUAGUUGGGACACAGGUAGGAGCUCAGGACUCAGUAUGGUCUGCAUCAUCGAUGACAAAGGGCGCUCCACCUCCUCAGGCACCACAGGUUCGUCAACCUCCAGCACCGCAGAGGGUUUAUGAACCAAGACCACAAGUUUCGCCACCACAGCCGCAAUAUUCUCAAGCUCCAAAGGCCCAACCUCCUCCGCCACCACAGAAGGCUUAUGAACCAAGACCACAAGUGUCGCCACCACAGCCUCAGGUUUAUGAACCAAGACCACAGGUUUCGCCACCACAGCCUCAAUAUUCUCAAGCUCCAAAGGUCCAACCUCCUCCACCACCACAGAAGGCUUAUGAACCAAGACCACAGGUGUCGCCACCACGGCCUCAGGUUUAUGAACCAAGACCACAGGUGUCGCCACCACGGCCUAAGGUUUAUGAACCAAGACCACAAGUUUCGCCACCACAGCCGCAAUAUUCUCAAGCUCCAAAGGUCCAACCUCCUCCACCACCACAGAAGGCUUAUGAACCAAGACCACAGGUGUCGCCACCACGGCCUCAGGUUUAUGAACCAAGACCACAGGUUUCGCCACCACAGCCGCAAUAUUCUCAAGCUCCAAAGGUUCAACCUCCUCCACCACCACAGAAGGCUUAUGAACCAAGACCACAGGUGUCGCCACCACAACCUCAGGUUUAUGAUCCAAGACCACAGGUUUCGCCACCACAGCCUCAGGUUUAUGAACCAAGACCACAGGUUUCACCACCGCAGCCUCAAUAUUCUCAAGUUCCAAAGGUCCAACAUCCUCCGCCACCACAGAGGGAUUAUGAACCAAGACCACAGGUUUCGCCACCACAGCCUCAAUAUUCUCAAGUUCCAAAGGGCCAACCUCCUCCGCCACCACAGAAGGCUUAUGAACCAAGACCACAGGUGUCACCCCCACGGCCUCAGGUUUAUGAACCAAGACCACAGGUUUCGCCACCACAGCCUCAAUACUCUCAAGUUCCAAAGGUCCAACCUCCUCCGCCCCCACAGAAGGUUUAUGAACCAAGACCACAGGUUUCGCCACCACGGCCUCAGGUUUAUGAACCAAGACCACAGGUUUCGCCACCACGGCCUCAGGUUUAUGAACCAAGACCACAAGUUUUGCCACCACAGCCGCAAUAUUCUCAAGCUCCAAAGGGCCAACCUCCACCGCCUCAGGCUCAUGAUCCAAGACCACAGGUGUCGCCACCACGGCCUCAGGUUUACGAACCAAGACCACAGGUUUCGCCACCACAGCCUCAAUACUCUCAAGCUCCAAAGGUCCAACCUCCUCCAUCACCACCAAAGUUUUAUGAACCAAGACCACAGGUUUUGCCACCACGGCCUCAAUAUUCUCAAGGGCCAAAGCAUUUUCCAUAUCCACGAGCAUUUACUGAUUUUCAGUCUCCCCAAGAACCACAGGCCCCUCAACCGCAGCAACCACCUCAACCAUAUGAACCAUACCAACCGGAGCAACCACAUCAACCAUAUCAACCAUAUCAACCGGAGCAACCACAUCAACCAUACCAACCAAAUAAACCGGAGCAACCACAUCAACCAUACCAACCAACUAAACCACAGCAACCACAUCAGCCAUACCAACCAACUAAACCACAGCAACCACAUCAACCAUACCAACCAACUAAACCGCAGCAACCACAUCAACCAUACCAACCAACUAAACCGCAGCAACCACAUCAGCCAUACCAACCAACUAAACCGCAGCAACCACAUCAGCCAUAUGAACCAUAUCAGCCGCAGCAACCACAUCAACCGUAUCAACCACAACAACCGCAUCAACCGACAUCACCACAGGCACCUUCCAAACACCAGCCUUCUUUCCAGAGUUGUGAGGUGGCAGAGAACCAGAAAGUCCCAUGUGGUGGUCCUGAUAUCACUGCUGCUACAUGUGAAGCGAUUAGCUGCUGCUUUGAUGGCCGACAGUGCUACUUUGGAAAAGCAGUGACUGUCCAGUGCACCAAGGAUGCCCAGUUCAUCGUGGUAGUAGCAAGAGAUGCCACUCUGCCCAACAUUGACCUCGAAUCAAUCUCACUGUUGGGACAGGGCCAGGGCUGUACACAUGUUGACUCGAACUCAGCAUUUGCCAUCUACCAGUUUCCUGUCACAGCCUGUGGCUCCGUUGUUAUGGAAGAGCCUGGUGUUAUAAUCUAUGAGAACAGGAUGGUUUCCUCAUAUGAAGUGGGAGUUGGACCUCUUGGAGCCAUUACCAGAGACAGCUACUAUGAAUUGCUCUUCCAGUGUAGGUACACUGGCACUUCUAUUGAAACUGUGGUCGUAGAAGUAAUGCCAUUAGAUAAUCCUCCUCUGCCAGUUGCUGCUCUGGGACCCAUAAGAGUAUGUAUGAGGUUGGCAAACGGACAGUGCAAUACAAAGGGUUGCAAUGAAGUGGAAGUGGCCUAUAGCUCUUUCUACACGGAUGCAGACUAUCCUGUGACCAAAGUACUGAGGGACCCUGUGUAUGUGGAGGUGCAACUCCUUGAAAAGACAGAUCCCAACCUUGUCCUGACUCUUGGUCGUUGUUGGACAACCACAAGCUCCAACCCUCACAGUCUGCCACAGUGGGACAUUCUGACAGACGGGUGUCCAUACAGGGAUGAUCGCUACUUGUCCUCACUGGUUCCAGUCGGUCUCUCCUCUGGUCUGGGCUUCCCCAGUCACUACAGGCGUUUCAUUUUCAAGAUGUUUACCUUUGUAGACACCAAUUCAAUGGAACCCAUGAAGGAACAGGUGUACAUCCACUGCAGUACAGCUGUGUGCACUGCUGCUGCGGGUCACUCCUGUGAACCAUCGUGCUACAGAAGAAAGAGAGAUGUCAAGGAUGUGGACCAGAAGAAGGCUGAGCCAAAGGUCGUGGUUUCUUCCGGACCAGUGAUCAUGAGUUCCCCUCAGCAGUAAACAGCACAGUGUCCAGCUCAAGAAUUUGGCCAUGAACAUUUAGUGAAAGAUCUGGAACAUUAAUAUGAUUCACUUAUUAGUCAUAUAUUGUAAUGUAUGCAAAAAACUUAAGAGUCAAAAGUGUGGUGCAGGAUGAAUGAAAUGGAUCCUCAAAGUAUUGUAGUCACAUUCAUAUUAAAAAAAAAUAUUGGCUUUGA